AUGGAUAUUGUGAGCUUAGGAUGGGGUUCUUUAUUAGCUUUAAUUACAUUUUCUAUUGCAUUAGUUGUAUGGGGAAGAAAUGGUUUUUAG